AUGAGAAAUUGUGGUCACCUUUAGAUCUAUCAAAUUAUUAAUCAAAUACUACAUGAUUAUUGUUAUGCCCAUUUGAGUCUAUUCUAUUUUUAUUUUAAUUUUACUACUUUGUCUGUAAUCUCCUCUGGAAUAAAUAUUCCAAAUUAAUCAAGAAUUUUAUUUGAAUAAAAACUUCCAAUAGAAACAUUUUCAGCUAUUCCUGCAGAAUAUAUUAAUUAAAAAUGCAAAGAGUAAGAAUUCAUAGAUUUAUUAGAAAAACAUUUUGAUAUAAUAAAACCUAUAAUAGGAGCACCUGAUACAAUUUAGUUUUUAUAAUAAAAUCAAUAUUAAAUUGUUUUAUUCACAAAUUUAGAUGAAAAAUUAAUUUAAAAUAUAUCAUAUAUACACAAAGAUUGGCUUUAUAAUACUUAAAUUAUUCAUUUUUAAAAUUUAUAAGAAAUAUUUGAAAAAGCUUUUAUUAUAAUAGAAGGUGAUAAUUAAGUUAUGGAAAUGCUAUCCUAGCUAAAUUAAGAAAAUAAUAAAGAUAAGAUUUUAAUAUAUUUAAAAAAUAGUGAUUUUCAUAAUAAAACUAAGUUUAAAGAGAUAUAAGGAGUAUAAUAUUAUACAAAAUGGGAAGAUAUUAAUUGGAAAAAAAGUUUAAAUAAUGAUUCUAUUUAACUAAAUGUAUAAUUUCCUUAAGAAGAAAAUAAAUUAAGUUUACAUAAAGAACCAAUAAAUAUGUCUUUUAAAGGAUUUAAUAAAGACAUAAAAUUAGAUUAAGAAAUAAUUAUAGAAAGUUAAGUAGUAAGAGGAAAUGGAAGGGCAAAUCAAGAUUUAGGAAUUCCAACAGCAAAUUUAUUAGUAAAAAGGGAAAUUUCUGUUAAAUUAAAUAACUUAUUGACAGGAGUAUAUUCAGGAAAAGCUAUUGUUGAAGGAAUGUUAUAUAUAUAAUGA